AUGCAGGCUCGCUGGGUCCUACCCGGUUCGUCGUCUUACGUAAGUGAACCCGCACCAGAACUUAUGUACAGAACAAUUUUCCAACCUUUCAGCAUGGCACGUCUCUUCCCUCGUGCAGCUGUGACCCUGCUCCUCACCAUCGCACUUGCAGCUGUUCUCCCUCCAUCUGCCUUCGCUGCUCGCACUGGUCCUAGCAUUGGCUCCAAGAUCCUGGCCCCUUGUGGUGGGACAAGCGCCGACGUCAGGUCCAACAUUGAUGGCACGGCUGACAUCAGCAUUCUCCGAAGGGGAGCGUCAGUGUACCUUGCAUACAAGAUCAGAGCACAAGGCAUAGCCCUGCAGCCCUCCUCUCCCCCAGCUAUCCUCCCUCGCAGCCCCUGUACUAGCACCUCCCUCUCCUCCACUCCGCUUGCUGCCUCGACUAAUGUGGGCACUGGUGCGGGCGACGACACACGCUCGGCAGGUGCCCGAGCCAGUUUCGGAGGCUCGCCAAGCCUGAAUGUGGCUCCUGCUGGUUUGGUUUCAGAUGUGGCUGGAGGGGUUUUUGGUGUGGGGAGGGCAGCAGGGAGUGUCGCAGGCUCUGCAGGGAAGGCUGCAGGCUCGGCAGCAGGCUUGGUGGGUAGUGUUGCUGGGUCGGCGGUAGGCACUGCAGGGAAGGCAGCAGGGUCGGUGGGAAGCCUUGCAGGUUUGGGAGCAGGCUUGGUGGGCAGUGGUGCAGGCUCAGCAGUGGGCGCUGCAGGAAAGGUGGCAGGAUCUGCAGGGAACCUUGCAGGCUCGGCAGCCGGGGUGGCAACCAACCUUGCAGGUUCGGCAAUCGGCACUGCUGGAAAGGCAGCAGGAUCCGCAGGCAGUCUUGCAAGCUCGGCAGCAGGCUUGGCAGGUAAUGCUACAGACUCGGCGGUUGGAACUGCCGGGAAGGUGGCAGGUUCAGCAGCAGGCUUGGUCGGCACCAUUGCAGGCUCGGCUGCUGGAACUGCAGGUAAGGUGGCAGGCUCUGCUGGGAGGCUCGCAGGCUCGGAAGCCGGGUUGGUCGGCAACUCUUCUGGUUCGGCAGCAGGCUUGGUCGGCACUGCUGCAGGCGCGGCGAUUGGAACUGCAGGGGGGGCAGCGGGUCCGGCAGGGAACCUUGCAGGCUCGGCAACAGGCUUGGUGGGGGAUACUGCAGGUUUGGCCACUGGCACUGCUGGUAAGGCUGCAGGCUCGGCCGCAGGCUUGGUUGGCAACACUGCAGGCUCACUAGUUGGCACCGCAGGAAAGGCAGUUGGUGCCGCAGGGAAAGCAGCAGGCUCGGCAGUUGGCUCGGUGCCUUCGGUCCUGACUCCUCUGGUGGUCCUGCCUGGUGCUUGGCUGUCUUCCUCCCUCGCUGCCUCUCUGCUUGCUCGCAUCUCCUCCUCCACACCUCUCUCCCUCCUGCUCCGCCUUAAUGGUCAGCAGAGUCUCGUUGCCGAUCUGCUGCAGUGA